UAAUGUAGGUCUAGGUUAGGUUUAAAGGGUAGGGUCGACAGUGUAACUAAUAAUUACAUGAAAUUAAUUACAUGAAUAACUGGUAACUACACUCCGGAUUUGUGAAAAACACUGUAUACAAUAAAUUCAUUAUAUAUAUUUAUUAAUUUUAAUGUUGGCAUAGGUAAAGACACAAUAUAAAGUGGGUCCAUUAUUAUUGUUGUUAUUAUUAUAUUCUUCUUCUAUUUUAGUAGUGGCACCCUCAGUCCUCAGCUGUAGUUUCAGCUACGUAUAUCCGUUAACAUACUUUCGCUUCUGCUUAGCAUACGCACAUAAAACAAAGAGUGCAAUCAAAGACUCCACCAAAUGCCAGUCUGACCCUGCCAAGAUACAAACAAGAGUCCGAAUCAGGAUGGGCGCCAUUACGUCUAAACAGGAUAAACGGACUCCACGUGUUCUCCUCAUGGGCUUGGAUUCGGCUGGAAAAUCGACUUUGCUGUACAGGCAGCAGCGUGGUGUGGUGAUGGAGACCUCGCCUACUGUGGGCUUCAAUGUUGCGACUGUACAGCUGGACAAGAAGACCUCACUGACCGUGUGGGAUGUUGGGGGACAAGGAAACAUGAGGCCCAAUUGGAAAUACUACCUAGAGGAGUGUAAGGUUUUGGUCUUCGUGGUGGACAGCAGUGAUCAUGCCAGGAUGGCUGAAGCUCAGAAAGCCCUGAAGAAGAUUCUGAGUGAUGAACAUUUGAAAGGAGUUCCCCUGAUGGUGCUAGCAAACAAAAAUGAUCUGCCAAACUCAAUGACUAUUAGAGAGGUGUCUACAUUGCUGGAGCUGGAUAGUUACACAAAUCGGGUGUGGGAGAUCCAAGCUUGCAGCGCCCUGAAGGGACUGGGUAUCCAACAAGCCUUUCUCUCUAUAGCUAAGCUAAUGCACAAAGGAUAAGUAAGAUGCUAUCUAGCUGACCACGGAAUACAAAGAAUGCAAACUUGACUUCAGUAGAACCUCAAUAACAAGCAAAAUUAAGAGGUUUGAUCAUGGCACUAUCACUCUAAAACUAGACCAAGAAUGUUGAGAAACUAAUUGACUGAUUUAACUACUGCACUUGUUCACAGUUGCUGUUAUUUGCUGUAAAUAGUUUGUUUAUCUUUUUGUGCUUGUCUUCAUGUUCUGCACUUCAAGCAUGUGUACUGGAAUCAAACAUCUUUUCCUGCGUAAUUGCAUGCUAUGUUGCUGUGUCCAGAUUAAUUUGGCAACUAAAGUGAUUUUGAUGAGA